AGCGGCAGUUAAGCGGCACCGCAGCGCUAACGCGGACGGGUACAAUGUCACUGGAGAGAUGUCAAAGUGAAUGGACAGAAAUAGAGCAAGAAUAUCAGCAAUUACAGGAAACGCACAAAGUUUACAGACAGAAGCUGGAGGAGCUGACGAACCUGCAGGCCAUAUGCAGCAGUGCCAUUAGCAAACAGAGAAAAGGCCUGAAAGACCUCAAGCAGAGCCUUCAUAAGUGUAAGAAAAGUUGCAGCGGUAAAGAUUCGGAGGUGAUAAAUGACCUGCAGGUCCAAAUUAAAGAAAGGCAAAAUGUCUUUUUUGACAUGGAGGCGUAUUUGCCAAAGAGGAACGGAUUGUACCUAAAUUUGGUCCUUGGAAACGUGAAUGUCACACUUCUCAGCAAUCAAGCCAAGUUUGCAUACAAAGAUGAAUAUGAGAAGUUCAAACUUUAUAUGACUAUAAUCCUAAUGUUUGGUGCCGUCACCUGCCUCUUCCUUUUGAACUACCGGGUCACAGAUGAAAUCUUCAACUUUCUAUUGGUGUGGUAUUAUUGCACAUUGACAAUAAGAGAGAGUAUCCUCAGAAGCAACGGCUCACGAAUUAAAGGAUGGUGGGUGUCACAUCACUACGUCUCAACUUUUUUAUCAGGUGUUAUGUUGACAUGGCCAGAAGGUCCCAUGUAUCAGAUGUUCAGAAGUCAAUUCCUGGCUUUCUCCAUUUAUCAGAGUUGUGUGCAGUUUCUUCAGUAUUAUUAUCAGAGCGGCUGCUUGUAUCGGUUACGGGCUCUGGGGGAAAGAAACCAGCUGGACCUGACAGUGGAGGGGUUUCAGUCCUGGAUGUGGAGAGGCCUCACUUUCCUCCUUCCUUUUCUAUUCUUCGGCCAUUUUUGGCAGCUCUACAACGCUGUGACUCUUUUCAGACUGUCUGCUCUCGACGACUGCAAGGAGUGGCAGGUCUUCAUGUUGGCCUUGACGUUUCUCGUGCUGUUCCUGGGAAAUUUCCUCACGACUCUGAAAGUGGUCCAUCAGAAGCUCCUGAAGAACAAAGACAAGGUGAAAAACAACUGAGUCUCUGCGUCAGACUCCGAGAACUGUAACUCGAAAGCGCACAAAACUCUUUCGUCCCUCCAGCGGUUUGAGGGAGAUGUUGACGUCUCCUCCAACUCGUUUGGAGAAUCAAGUUUCCGUGUCACGUCGCCCUGCAUUCUGCCGUGUUGUUUUUGCUCUUUUUCACAUCAUCUCAAGCAACGUUUGGGAUCAGAAACCACUGAAUAACUUCAGACACUGUAUACCCAAUAUGUGAGGAUUGUUUCGUUCCUGUGCAUGGAUAUGUUUACAAAACAAGCCACAUUUAUACUUUAUGCAUUGCAGCAGGAAGGCUGUAGAAGUGCACACUCUCAAAGGGAUUCGUUAUCGUUCUUAAUAAAGCUGUUCAUUAAAAACACUCGCAUUUCAGCUGCAGCAGACGUUACAUAUUUGUGGGAAAGCAUUGAUACUUAAUGCCACUUGAAGGGAAAGGUGUGUUUUGCACGUCGUGGCUUGUUAGUAGUUUCAGCAAGGCCAAAUUCUUGAAUUAAGGUCACAUGAUGGAAGUGAGGAUUUGUGCUUUUAACAAUGGCAAUAAAGUAACACUUUCGUAAUGCGAUUGAAUCAAAAUUAGACCUCUUGUAAUUGUCCACCAUUUGUUUUAUAGGAAUAAACGUGUGACUUUAUUUUAAAGAGCCUCUAUUAUGCAUUAUAAAAGGUCAUAUUUUGGUUUGGGGGUCUUCAACAACAGGCUGAUCUUCAUGCAAGGCCAAAAACACUUCCAUUGUCUUAUAAAAUGCAUUUAUUUUUACCAAAUUAUUCCAACUACUCCCAUAUGAUUUGUUCAGCGAUUCAUUUGUUCCCAAACCCCUCCUUAGCGCGAUGUUAAACUGCGAUGAUUGGUCCAAUAACCCAGUCUGUUGUGAUUGGUCGACUGCUUUCAGCGCGAGACAGAGAGAAUCAACAUUGUUGAAGUAGUCAGAGUUCAGAGUGUAUGUGUGAGCCCAGUGCAGGAGUGCAUUAAAGCAGUGUUUCCCAACCCUAUUCCUGGAGGCACACUGACAGUACAUAUUUUGGAUGUCUCCCCUAUCUGACCCAUUAACUUCAGGUUUUAGAGUCUCUUCUGAUGUUAUGAUGAGUUGAUUCAGGUGUGUUUGAUUAGGGAGAGGUUGAAAAUGUGUACUGUUGGUGUGCCUUCAGGAACAGGGUUGGGAAACACUGCAUUAAAGCAUUGCAGUUAAACACCAGCAUAUUGCUCUAUUCUUAACCACAACACACGUUCUGUAUUAAUCCACACAGUGGCGAAAGCUGAACUAUUUUGACACUUGACCAGCGCACGUGUGUAGGAACAGCUGACAGUGGCCAUAGAAAUGAAAAACGGCAGAGGAUCGCGAGCUCACAAACGUAUUUAAUCUAUAAACAAAGCGACACACGUCGUAUCUUCAACGUGGCUUUAGACGCGAUAUGAGGAUAUAAAGAGUUAACCAAAUACAGUACAAGCCGCACGGAGAUCAAAACACAAUUAAAUACAUAUUUUGCAAGCUUUCACUUUACUUUGCACGGUGGUUUGCCAUCUCCAGGUUGGAGGAGAGUCUUUACCCCAGGUGGAGGAGUUGAAGUAUCUUGGGGUUUUGUUCACGAGUUCAAUUCAAUUCACCUUUAUUUGUAUAGCGCUUUUACAAAAGAGACAAAGCUUUCGAUUUAGCGGUCAAUCUGCGUUCCUACUCUCACCUAUGAUCAUGAGCUUUGGAUCAUGACCGAAAGGACAAGAUCUCGGAUACAAGCGACCAAAAUGAGUUUCCUUCACAGGGUGGCAGGGCGCACUCUUAUAGAUAGGAUGAAGAGCUCUGUCACCCGGGAGGAGCUCGGAGUAGAGCCGCUGCUCCUCCACAUCGAGAGAAGUCAGCUGAGGUGGCUUAAGGAUCUGUUUCGGAUGCCUCCUGGACGCCUACCUAGGGAGGUGUUCCAAGAAUGUCCCACCGGGAGGAGGCCUCGUGGAAGACCCAGGACACGCUGGAGGGAUAUGUCUCUCGGCUGACCUGAAAACACUUCGGGAUCCCCCCGGUGGAACUGGAGAAGGUGUUUGCUGAUAGGGAAGUCUGGGGUUCUCUCCGAAGACUGUUGCCCCUGCAACCCGGCUUGGAAUAAGCAGUUGAAAAUGAACGAAUGAAUGAAUGAAUGAAUGAACUUUGUAAGCUAGAGAAAACAAGAUCACAACCAUUUUAAUCACACUUACUUACACUUGUGAAAUGGAGGAAGAAACUGAUCCAUGAAUUGUGUAUUGAUAAAGUUCCUGUCAAGCUCUGACAAAGUCCCAUACAUCAGCAGUCUUUUCUGAUCCUUUUUAACAAACGGCCAACGAUUCCCUCAUUGCAGGUGGAUUAUUGCAUUCAUCUCCAGAACAUUCACUCAUUCACUAAUAUUUACUCAUCUUCAGUCUUGAUCAGUCCCACACACACCUGCACUCUGCUAGGGUUUGAAGGGAAAGGCGCGUUCACAUUUUACCGGCUCCGGCACUACAUAUUUGGCAAUGUCGCGUAUCAACGUUGCUACGGGCAGGCAAAAGAUCCGAACACAAAACGAAUCAUUCAGUCAACUCUUUCCUUGAAGAAUCAAUAGUUUUAAACACUGUGCACUUUCAGAUUUAACCCUCAGCUGGAUGUUUUCAUUCACUUAGAGCUGUGUUACUGCAUAGAAGGUCAUUUUCAAAAACCCAUAAUAGGGGCUCUUUAAAUGCAAGUAGCAGCUAAAUGCUAACCUGCAUUAUGUUAAUGAAAGCUCUUUUAAGAUUAUAUAUAUAAACCGGUAUGUGUUUCUGUGUUGCUCAUUUUCCAUCAGGGACUUUUUUUGCUGACAAGACCUUUCCAUGCGAGUUUACAGAGGCAAAGUUUGUUUGUUGGCUGAUUUAUUUGCCUUAAGCUCUCUUUUACACCUCCCACAUGAAGAAAUACUAUAGUAAUUUGUAGUAAACACUGUAUUGUUUUUCAACCAUACUUUAGUAUCGGCCGUAAGUGCGCUUGAUUGUUUACUUGUGUUGCCUAUGGCAGAAAUGACUAGGAAUAAUAAACGGCAGAAACCGGUCAAACUACUCGCUCUACAAACAAGUGUGUUCAUGAAUAUACAUAUAAAGAAGAAUAAUAUCAUAAGGAAAUGUCAGUUUGCAACUUCAAGCAGUAGAACGAGCUGUUUUAAUGUCUAAAAAUCAAUGGGAGUGAAUAAGACUGAAAGUCUCGCGCCCAAAAGGUUCCAACGGCUGCGUACUUGAAUUUGAAUCUGUUGUGGAAAUUCUAUAGUUGCCAUGGUAACACAACAACCAUAGUAAUAUAAACAAAAAUAGUUUGCUACAGCUACACUCACCGGCCACUUUAUUAGGUAUACAUUACUAGUAGCCGGUUGGACCCCCUUGUUCAGAGACGCUUUUCUGCAGAUCUCGGUUGUAACGAGUGGUUAUUUACAGCUGGAACCAGUCUGGCCAUUCUCCUCUGACCUCUGGCAUCAACAUCCCUAAACCAGGCAGGUCAAGCUGGUUUUAGCUGGAUUUUGCUGGUCAUUUUCCAGCUUGACCAGCUAAGACCAGUCUGGAAAUGGCCAAAACCCCUCUAAAACCAGGCUGGUCAACCAGCUAAAACCAGCCAACCAGCCUAGGCUGGUUUAAGCUGGAUUUUUCAGCAGGGAAGGUAUUUGCGCACACAGAACUGCGCAACAGAAUAAAUUGGCCGGUGAGUGUAUAUGGGUAUAUUAUACUACAACACACCACAAAACUAAAGUAUACUAUAGUAUUUAUACACUUUCUCAGUUAAUACAACAGUAUGCUGGAGUUGUAAAUACUUCAGUAUAAUACACUUUAGUUCAAAAAGAGGUAGCGCUGUCGCUUCAGCACGAAGGUCGCUGGUUCGAGCCUCAGCUGGGUCAGUUGGCAUUUUUGUGUGGAGUUUGCAUGUUCUCUCCGUGUUGGCGUGGGUUUCCUCCACAAGUCCAGACACAUGCACUAUAGGUGAACUGAACAAGCUAAAUUGUCUGUAGUGAAUGAGGGUGUAUGGGUGUGAUGCGUUGCAGCUGGAAGGGCAUCCGUUGCGUAAAACAUGUGCCGGAUAAGUGGGCGGUUCAUUCCACUGUGGCGAUCCCUGAUUAAUGAAGGGACUAAGCCGAAAAGAAAAUGAAUGAAUGAAUGAGUAUGGUUCAAAAUGCUUGUAUUUAAUAUAAAUUACUAUAGUAAUUUUUUCACGUGGUUUAGUUUAAUCUGGAAGUGUUAUGAGUUGUUUGGAAAUUCAGCGGCUCAGCGAAUUGCAACUGAAAGCUGUAUCUAAAGGGAUUUCUCAUGUUGGGAAAUGCUUUAUUGCACAGUUAAACCACUGCGUAAAUGUUUUUAAGUGUUUGUGUUGAGCGAAAUUACUGCACUUUUUGUGUUUGAACGCAAAAUAAGCCUUCAGACUGGAGGGAAAAGGUUUCCAAAGGACCGAUUAGAUAACAGCCUGGAUUUUUAUUCUCUUUCUGUUACUGUAGAGCCAAUAAAAACAAACUUGCAAUUAA